ACCCCACACUGCUCGAUGGUUGGGCAAUCGUUUUCAGAACGCAGCGCAAAAACGGCGAUUAGAAGGAACGUAUCGGAGAGGACUCGCGUCACGAUGCACGAAUAUGUAGAGGUACGUUCGAUCAAAAGGCUCACCUAAGUUGAAGCGCGAAGUACGACGCCGCGAGUGAACUCGCACGAGACUAGCCGAGGGUACCUCGGGCCAGUCGCCAUUUUGUUGGGUAGUCAUCGGGAUCGUCGUGUUACACACACCUCGGGGAUCCGUCGUAAUUUCGUCCGGGCGGACGGUAAAACGCCGUGGGAUUCGGGGCGCAGCUCUCCUACUACACGCCAUUCCGCAAAUGGCUUGUCUGAACACCCUCAAGCAGGAAAUCAAAACGCUCGAAUCCGUCUUCCCCAAGAGCCAUGAGAGGUUUCAGAUAAUGUCCGCGAGCGUGGACGAGCUCAGCUGCAGGUUCGUCGGUAAAAAUGGGAAGAAGUACGAAAUACACGCCAACAUCACAGAAACCUAUCCUUCUACACCGCCGGUCUGGUUCGCUGAGUCCGAGGAAACUAGUGUUACGAACGCUGUACAAAUUUUAAGCAACACGACAGGCCGCGACAACCAUGUAAUCAACCAAGUCGGGAUCCUUCUGAAGGAACUAUGCAGACUACACUCGUUACCAGAACCACCGGACGUCGAAAGACUCAGAACGGCUUUGGAUCCUUUACGUUUGGGAGGACCGAACGAAGCCGUGGCGCAGAGAAUGGACGCUGAGGACGUUGAUGACUUCGACGAGGACGAAGAGAGCGAGACUGAGGAAGACCUCCACCUGGACAUGGAUGAGGGAGAUGCCAAUGCCAAGAGUAAGGGCGAGGAAAUGGAUUUGGAGCAUCUUGCGACGUUGGAAAGGUUGAGACAGAAUCAGAGACAAGACUAUUUAAAAGGAUCUGUUUGCGGAAGCGUACAAGCCACUGAUAGACUCAUGAAGGAACUACGUGAUAUUUAUCGAAGUGACAGCUUUAAAAAAGGAAUGUAUAGCAUAGAACUAGUAAAUGACAGUUUGUACGAAUGGAAUAUCAGGUUGAUGUGUGUAGAUCCUGAUUCACCACUUCAUAGCGAUCUCAUUCUUCUAAAAGAGAAAGAGGGCAAAGACAGUAUUCUACUCAACAUGCUUUUUAAGGAAACUUAUCCAUUCGAGCCUCCAUUCGUGAGAGUUGUGCAUCCCAUCAUUUCUGGCGGGUAUGUUCUCGUAGGAGGCGCCAUUUGUAUGGAGCUUCUUACGAAACAAGGAUGGAGUUCGGCAUACACAGUGGAAGCUGUUAUAAUGCAGAUUUCGGCAACGUUAGUGAAGGGCAAAGCGCGUAUACAGUUCCAAGGAUCAGGUGGUGCUGGCAAAGUGUGCGGUGGACAAGGCCAAUACAGUUUGGCACGUGCCCAACAGUCAUUCAAGUCUCUUGUACAAAUACAUGAAAAGAAUGGUUGGUUCACGCCCCCGAAAGAGGAUGGCUAAUGAACAGCGGUUACCGAAUCGUACCGAAAAAAAUGACACGUGCUUACAGAUGAGACUUUAAUUCGGUGUGUGCCCAACAAGUAAUUGUUAUGAUAAUGAUUUGAUACACAAACACAACAGUAACUAGGUAACUUAAGAUAUUGAAUUAAUCUAACGUAUAAUUCCUUUGAUGGCUAAAAAGGCUGCCGUGCAGUUUUGGUUUUCGUAUCUACAAAUUUUCGGUCAUUAACGAUUAGACCGGUAAUUGUAUUGGUAAAUGUAAGGUAUCAUUUCAUCUGGAAUUGAUUCUUAUGUUUUGACUGAGAAUCCCCAAUUGUUAUGAACGACAUAGUAAUUUUAGUACUUUCUCAAGGAUGCAUAUGUUGUACGUGCGAAACAGUAUAAAUAUUCUGAAAAAUGCGUUUGCGCAAUCGUGCUUCCUGUCUUUUUAACGGGAGGAGAUUAUAGUUAGCAUUUUUAGAUUAAUAAUACUGGAGAGAUUUUUAAGUGUUUCUUUCAUUAUUUUAUUAUAAGUACCGCAUUCUUUUUUUCCUACGAAAAAAUACGGAUGUUUUGUGCAAUUCGGUGGCAAGAAAGGUGAAUGUCACUUAAUUUCUUUCUUUCUUCUUGUUUUUUUUUUUUCUCUCGAAACUAUUUUCAGCCAAGUAUCUCAUAAGCGAUAUAUAUUACGCGAGUGCACAACCAAAGCGUUUCUCAACAAAUUUAAUUGGAAACGAAAUGACUAAAUAGGGUAAAUAAAGUAUAGCUUCAUAUCGGGAGGCUCUAGAGAGUACAUGAUCAUAGAAGUCACGAAAGUUUUAGCGAACUUUACAGACUUGCAAUUAAAUGUGUUUCGUAAAGCUAAUUUUCUGUAUAAACAGUAAUCGAGUCAGAUUUUUGACACAAGAAGCAAUAUUUUUUUACAUUCGGCAAAUAGCGUAUUCCGCAACAUUGUUAGAUUAGGUGAGACGUAGAGCCUUGUAAUGCUUGUAUCGUAUACAAUGCAGCAAUUAAUAUGCAUGUUCAUCUUUUACUUAGAACGUAGGAACGAGGCAGAUACUACUAAUGUAUAGGUAUCGUAAAGUCGUGCGCGUUUUCUUUCUCAAGUAGCGAAAUAUCGAGGAGAAUUUCAUUAUCUCGGGUUCCUUUCUUUUGCAAUGUCGUCGGGAUUGCUUGUAACUUUCUAUAACAUAAUAUCAUAUAUCCUGUCGUAACAUUCAAUCGAGUAUAGGAAUUCGAAAGAUGUAUAGAUGUAUAUAAUGCAAGAAGUACUCUUUAGAGUCUUUUUACCAGAAGGCACAAACGUAAUGGGAGAAGCUUGAAAGUUUUGGUUGUGUGUUUCAUCUUAAUUCGCGAUAUUUAAAUCUAUUGUUUCCGAUGCGUCGCAAUUCUCUAUUUUAUAAAACGUUGUGACCGUAUAGACGAGCUGUAAUUUUUCUUAAUAGAAGAUGAGCGAGCUGAAUAUUAUCUGACGGAAUUAAUUAAUUCUUAUGCGCAAAUUUGUUUUCGAAGAGUUGGUCCCUUGCAAAUGAUAAUAAUCAACAGCGAUAAAAUUAUUGUUUUCGCCGAUCACUCGAUUAUAUAUUGUUUACAAUAAUGCAUUUAUCGUGUACACAUCGAUUAACAAUUGAUGUUAAUAAUUCUCGCAAUUGUUCACAAUGGAGGAACUGUUUCGAAACGAUGCUACAUAUGAUUUUAUGCGCACCGCCAUAAUCAGCCAUCGUUCGCGCGACGACUAAAUGGCCAAACUUGACGCUUCUGAAGCGAAUUUGUCCAUUAGAAUUAACAACGGAAUAUCGUAACGCUAAUAACUUUGACGACUCUAAUUUUCGCUAUCAGGUCGUACGCGAGAUACACCCGACGUCUGUUUUCACACGAAAAAAGGGGAAGAAAAUACUGUAAUAGAUUUGUCGCAGUUAGGCGUUUAAUUUUUGUAUCACGUCACGAAACUUACGUUGCAGAAACUGUGUAAAUUACAAUGAUUGAUUCGUAGUUGCUUUAACACUCUCCGAAUUUGUAUCGCACUUUUGAGCAUCUAUGCAAUUUGUUUCGUACAUACAUACAUAAAAGUACACAUCCUCCAUUGAUUCGCAUACACGCGCACAUUCACACAAAUACACACACAUACACGUACACAACACGUACAUAUAUAUACACACACACACACACACGCGCAUUCUGUUCCUCGUGCUUCAUCUUCCUACGUGAUCAUAAGUGUAGUUUUUUUCUGCCGUCACGCUAAUUGCGAACGAUUAUCAUCGUUUCCCGUAAAAAUCCGAAAAUAUGCAUCUUAUUUUGUCUUUUCUUGUAAAUAUUGCCAGUAUUACAAUAAUGGCUGAUUGAACAGUUGUACUCGAGGGGCUCUCGUUUCAGGUAUCGUUACUUUGAUAAUGUUACUGAUAUGCGUCUCUGAAUCAUUAGCGUGCGUUCGCUCUCAUUGAGGUAAAGGAGAAGCGUAAAAUCGUAUGGAGAUGGAGCAGUACAUAUGUUAUUUGGCAAAUAACGCAUGUACAUACUGUAUCGGUACACAUGAUUAUUGGUAUAAUCUGAAUCAAGUAGCGUGGAUCAUUAGUUUCGUUCGCGGUACCGUUGACGCUCGUUUGUGAGGAAAUCGUAUGAGCAGUAUCGUCAUAUAAAUAAUAGAUUCUUAAGUGUAGAUGUGCGAUCAUCGAGCUCGUUGUCAGUGGGUUAUCACAAUUUGUACAGCCGCGCCCGUUUGACACUGAGUAACUGGUUGUUCGACGUUCGUUAUAAACGUUAUGUUCUUCUUUGCCAAAACUCUUCUUCGUUCCCGUCUCUGUUAAGUUUUUCUUUUUGUAUAAUCGUAUAUGAUCGCGGGGAGUAAUGUGACAUGUAUAUUUUUGCUACAAAUAUCGUUAAGACCCCCUCAUUUUCGUAGAACAUUCGACACUUGCCGGUAUAUUCUUCUUGGCGGUAUUUCCGAACGGUCUCUCGGCGUCUCGGUAUAUAAGAUCGACGGGAUGUUAUGCCUGCGAUUCGUUCGGAUUAAUUCAAUCAACCACGAAUGAAAAAGGAACGAGAGAUGCGUGAUAAGUGAGAGAAGACGAUCCCGCCGGCGUGCGUCGGAAUUCGUCCGGGAUUGUAUAUUUUGUUUUUAUUUGUAUACGAGAAACGUGUGUAUAAAACGAAAGAAAGAAAGAAGGAGGGAAAACCGUAGAAAACGUUGGAGAACUAGCCGGAUGUCACUGUGCGACUGUGGAAUACACUUUUCGAACCUUUAGAUUGUGUGCAGCGGCGGCAUAGUCAUAACGACGUUACGUUAUAUUCAAAGCGAUCUAUUUGAAGACUGAUAAAAAAGAAACGAAGCGGAACUUGAACGUUCUUUUCUUCCACACACACGUACACACACGCACACGUAACACACACAUACAUAUUACAUCUGUAACAAAAUGUAUCUUUCACGCGAGACUUCGAUUCGUGAGCAUAAUGAACGAGAGGUAUUUAUCGAGCGAAUUUAUCCGCAUUGAACGGGAAUUUUCUGUAUUUCCACAUUCACGAGAGCAUCGUGAAAUUACCAUUGUCAUCCUCGUGCGAGGGCAACGAUCCGGAAAGAUGGAUGUAUUUGUAUUUGUGGCAAAAAUAGUAUUUCGUCUAAAGUUU